AUGCAAACGAAAAAUAGUGACGAGUUGGAAAACCUUGAGGCUAAAGCGACCAGUCUCGUGAAAUUAUUGCUUUACAUAAAACAGAAUUACUUCGAAGAACAUCCUAUCGUCGUAAUUUACGACUCGAAUUUUGAAAAACAUCAGCCAAUUGAAUUCAAGUGUUUCAUGGAUAUUUUUUCCUCAUCGUUUGUGCAGGAGAGUUUCGAUUUUUCAUUCUCAGAAAAGUCAAGGGCACAUUUAAGAGACAAGAUCUAUAAUUAUAUUAUUUUUGUGGAAAAAGUCGAUUCUAUAAAACACUUAAUGAAACCUGAUGUAAAGAGCAAGAUUGUUUUAAUUACUGCAGAUACAUCCUGGACUAUCAGGGACUUCCUAAAGAGCCAGUUGUCAAGAUUUUAUGCCCAUCUUUUAAUCGUAACUCAAACCUUAAGUCGGAGAGUGGACUCUUAUUUGCUCUUUACACAUAAACUCUAUGUUGAUGGAAGUGGCGCAAGUGAACCAAUUUUGUUAACAUCUUGGAAAUCUAAUUCCCUGACCCGACCGCAAAAUAAUUUGUUUCCAGAGAAGUUGAGCCAAGGAUUCAAAGGUCAUCGUUUGCUUGUUUCGACGGCACACAAACCUCCCUUCACAAUGCGAAGAAAAAUUCUGGGAACUGAUAAUACAGAAUGGAAUGGAAUCGAUAUUGAAGUUUUACGAUUAUUGGGCAAUAAUCUAGAUUUCAUUGCGGAAUUUCGACAUCCUAUGUCGUCAAUGUACAGUGAAACUGAGGCUGUAAUAAACGACAUUUCUAAAGCUGAUGCCCCUGCUGCGGUAGGUGGAAUUUAUCAAACAGCAGAUCUACUAUCGCAUUUUGAUGCUCCAUUCGCUCACGUGGAAGAUUGUGCAUCUUUCAUAUCUCUGACAUCCACCGCUUUGCCCAAAUAUAAGGCUGUAAUGGGACCAUUUCAGGAAUCAGUUUGGCUACUUCUCUCAGCGGCUUAUUUUAUUGCCAUUAUCCCAAUGACUAUGAAUAGUCAUUACUCUCUAGCGUCGUUGAUUAAGCGCCCAGGGAGAUUAAACCAUAUGUUCUGGUUCGUGUUUAGCACAUUCACUAACUCGUUUUCAGUGAAAAAUCCAUUGUUGAGUAGCGGCCUAGGGAAAAACUCGACGUCAAUUCUCAUUGGUAUUUACUGGGUCUUUACGAUAAUUAUAACAGCCAGUUACACAGGUUCUAUCAUUGCCUUUAUUACUCUACCAGUUUAUCCUCCCCUAUUGGAAAGUUCUAGUCAGUUCUCAACCUACAGAUACCGAAUUGGGACUUUAGAUCAUGAUGGGUGGGAAGUUUGGUUUAAUCACACUACUAUGGAUGAUCCAAUAGCAACACAAUUGUUUAAUAAGCUUGAAUACGUUCAAAGUAUUGGAGAUGGAGUAAGAAAUGCAAGUCGUGCUUAUUUCCGGCCUUAUGCUUUUUUGGGAUCUCGCACUGCGCUCGAAUAUGCUGUACAAACAGAUCUACCUACAAAUAUUGGCAGUAAAAGAUCACUGAUGCACAUCAGUGAUGAAUGUUUUGUGAGAUUCGGGGUCACAAUAGUUCUGCGAUCUCAAUCAUUGUACACGGACCCUUUCAAUAAAGUAUUACUUCGAGCAAGACAAAGUGGAUUGAUUCGUAAGAUUCAGCGCGAUGUCGAAUGGAAUGUGCAAAGGUCACCUACGGGAAAUUUUCUGCAAGUGAUCAAAGGGUUUGCACCAAAGGUUCAAAUCGAAGAUCGAAAGCUAAACCUGGAUGACACACAAGGAAUGUUUUUAGUUCUGGGCUCGGGGUUUUUGAUUGCAAUGCUUGCCUUUUCUUUGGAAUAUAUUUGCCAUUUGAUCAGGAAAAGAUGUUGCGGAAAAACUAAAAUCAAAGUUAUUAAUGUUACAAAUGAAUCAGAGUUAAGUGAUGGGUCGGCAGAAGUCAUUGCCCAGGAGAAGGUAGUGGACAUUUCCGGGUUGCAGGACCCUCAACCUGAUGAAAUAAGAAUAAAAAGAACUGAAUGGGUAAUCCUGAUCGCCAUCUGCACGCAUUUGGACUGCGUUCUUCUUCCGAAUGCUGGCAGUCUUCCCGGAGGCUUUUAUUGUCCUUUACAUGGUUCGCAUUUCGAUGGUACCGGCAGAGUAUGA